AUGAAUCUCUUCCGAGCCCCUGCCGCUGCCAGAGCUGCCAAAGUGCUCGACAGAUCGCUCUUUUCCAGAACGCUGCCGACGGCUGCGGCUUCAAUACGAGACAACAGGCUCAUUUCAAAGUACCGCAAGCAGCUUGAGAAGACCAAGGAAGUGUUCUCACUGGAUCGGUUUGACGUCUGUGCUGCGGAUCCAGAUCCUGCUCUUGCGGCGCAGGGGAAAAAGUGUCUUGUGUUGAAGCCGCAUAUCAAGCCUGACGUACCGGAGACAUGGAGCCCCGUGCUGCAGGAGGCAUCGAAGCUGGGGGACCUGAAAAUUGUGCCUUAUGAUGUGCACAUUGGCUACGACCUAUGGAGUUACCUCGAUGUCAUGAGGUCAAUUCUGCCAGAAGAAUUACACGGAGAGAUUCCCGUUGGCUUCAACACCGCUGGUCAUGUUGCUCAUCUCAACAUCCGGGGCCAAUACCUCCCCUACAAGCACAUCAUUGCUCAGGUCAUAAUGGACAAGAACCCCACCAUCCGCACCGUCAUCAACAAGGUCGACAACGUCGGCACAGAGAGCGAGUACCGAACCUUCAGCUACGAGGUCUUGGCCGGGCCCGACGACAUGCUCGUCGAAGUCAGCGAGGCCGGAUGCACAUUCAAAUUCGAUUACUCAAAAGUUUACUGGAAUACGAAGCUCGGCACAGAGCACCAGCGGAUCGUCAGCUUGUUCAAGCCUGGCGAGGUCGUUGUCGAUGUCAUGGCUGGCAUUGGGCCGUUUGCCGCUCCUGCGGGCAAGAAGGGAGUCUUUGUCUGGGCAAACGACAAGAACCCCGAGAGUUACAAGUACCUUACAGACGUGAUCAAGCGGAACAAGGUCUCGGAAUUUGUCAAACCCUUCAACUACGACGGACAUGACUUCAUCAAGAAAGGCACCGACCUGGUUCUGGAAGCGUCCCGCCGGGGAGACUGCGCCGUCAUCCCUCAGAAAGCAUCAAGGAACGCCCCAGGCCCCCGUCCGGAACCCAUCCGGAUCCCCGUCCCUCCCACGGUCUCACACUUUGUGAUGAACCUUCCUGCCUCUGCAAUUGAGUUCCUGCACAACUUCCGCGGUCUGUACGAGGGCCACGAGAAGCUUUUCGCCCCCCACACCGAGGCGAAGCUCCCGCUCAUCCACGUCCAUUGCUUCGCCGUCAAGGCGGACGACGCGACUCCCCUGGACGACAUCUGCCAGCGCAUCUACAAGGAGAUUGGGGUGCUUCUCACGCCGGGUGACGCGGAAAAGGACGGCCAGGUGCUCAUCCACGAGGUCAGGGACGUGGCUCCCGCGAAGCGAAUGUUUUGCGCGAGCUUCCGUCUCCCGUCAGAAGUCGCCUUUGCUCCGCGAUCCUAG